AUGCCUUCGCGCUCCUCGAUUGAAUCACUUUCGUCUGUCCUUACCGAAACUUCAACAACGUCCCUCAGUAGUUCAGGAUGCGAGUUCAUGCGAGUGUUUCUCAUCCAGACUGCCCGUGGUUUGUUUUCCUCGUCAGGUGGCUACAAAGCUAAUAUCUGUCUGUUGCGAUAUCUCGCAUCUCGUGGCCACUCUGUCCGCCAACUCUGCUACUUCCAUCACAACGAAGUUGAGGACUAUGUUCAGAAGAUGGCGACCGAGAGUGGGCACGAAGUGCGUGUGCACAAGAAGAUCCUCCACCUGAGCAGCGGUUGUGAGCGCUCUGGAGCGGAUGUGGAAGUUGUGCAGCUGACCAUGAAGGAUGGUGUCGAAAUUGUUGCACUGCACAAAGAAGCAUUUGACGCCGCGUUUGGAGGCAAAGACAAUCUACACAAGGAGAUAUCCAGAGAGACUGCCGAGUAUAUCGAGAAAGGAAUUUUAUCCGCACGCCUCUCUGACUUCGUAUCUUUCUUACAAAACGAAAUCAUCGCAUAUUUGCCCACACACGUCGUCUCGAAUGACGGCCUCUCUAUGCAAGCCACAAGCGUCUCUGAAUUGCCUGGGCUGGACAUCUCUCGGGUGGUUGUUCUUCACACCGCCGAACAAUUGCCAUUUGGACCAUUUGCUGGUGGCAUGCCUGGCAUGAAUAGUUCACCAAAGGAACUCACUCUUCUUCGCCAACUUGACGGCAUUGGGAGUGUCUCUGUCGCUAUCAAAGACUACGCGACGAAGUAUGGUCAACUCCGGACCGAUUUCUUCGUCCAUCACCCGUGGACUUAUCUCAAGGAAGAUACUCACCAAAUGCCGUGUCAAAUGCAUAAUUGGGACAAGAAGUUUGUUGGCAUGACUAACCCUUGCGCAGUCAAGGGGUCCAAAAUCCUGCUUGAUCUCGCCGCAGCAUGUCCUCAUCUUGAUUUUCUGAUAUACAAGAGCUGGGGCAUGGACGAGAAGCUGGAACAACGGCUAAGUUCGUUAAAGAAUAUGAUGUGA